GGUCUACAUAUGGAGGAAGGGGAGGGUGAACUAAAGACAAGACCUAGGGAAGCAGCAUGCAGAGCAGCCUCAAAGAUGAUUACUCAUCAAAAAGUGCGUGUAAAAAAGACGCAGUCAUCACCUUGCAGAGAUGUCCUGCAGGGUGCACCGUGCACGCAUCUUCGUGUGCCUGAGAGAGCGAGGAGCUUGUGGGACGGGCAACGAGGGAGAAAAAACCCCGGCCCCAUCUACUCCUCCACCUCUCUUUUAAUGAGCAGCUCCGAUCAUGCAGGAGUAAAAAAAAAAAAAAAAAAAAAAGUCCAGGUGGAAGCUUGGCUCGCUUGCAUCGAGACGUCAAAUUGGUUGUGCGCAAGGAUUUUACAUCGGUGCAGCGGGAUUACUUUAAAUCAUCGGGAGCAUUCCAAGAAUAGCUGGCCCACUGAACCAACACACCACCAUUACGAUGAGGACGUCAGUGACUACCGUCUGCCUUAUGCUCCUGCUGUCUUGCGCUUGUCAGGCCAAGCCGAACGGACCGAAGAGCAAGAAACCCAAGCAAGUCGUACCGGCCAUCGAGUGUGACGUCAGAGCGGGAAAGAUCAGUCUGCCAGAAUUCAUAGUCAAAUGCCCCGCACACUGUAGGGAGACCAAGCAGCAGGUGUACGGCACAGGUGUGUUUGCCUCCAUCUCCAGCAUCUGCAACGCCGCCAUCCACAGUGGCGUUAUCACCAAUUCAGGGGGAAAAGUCAUUGUAAGGAAAAUGGCGGGUCAGAACAUCUACAAAGGCAGCAAUUCCAACGGUGUGCGCUCUCUGUCACUUCCUAAAUGGAGAGAAUCCUUUGUUGUCACAGAGGGGAAGCCCAAGAAAGGAGUCAUCUACCCUUCUACCCUUGACUUUGUUCCUUCAAGACCAACCUAUGUGAAGACGAGUCAAAAGGAUAAAGCCCCCGCGGUUACCACAACGCUUCCUCUAACAACAACAACAGCACCUGAAACCGCCACAACGAUGACGACACCUGAACCUACAACCACCACCACCACCACCCAGGCUCCCGCUACCACCACACCUCCUCCGCCGCCACCACCCACCACUGUCAAAGCUCGUGCUGCGGUGCACAGAGUCAGAGACGCAGGUAGCAGUCACCCGUACCUUGCCUCUGUAGCAGCUGCCAGUUCAAGACAAUCACAGAGUGCUCAAGGCAAAAGCCCCAGCCAAGUAUUCCGAGGAAGUGCCUAUCCGAAUAGAUUCCCACAGCGUGCCAGUGCAGGUCUGCGCAGAGCUGAGGCCGGGCCAGCAAUGAGGAGACAGUCAGCCUCUCCAGUCAGUCCAGCUUUUAACAGAGGUCAGGCGACCCAACAGGAGCGAACUCCAAUUGUGAGCCAGUCCAAUCCUGUUUUUCCUAGGAGGGACUGGGGCACUCCGUCCUUUCCUCGUCCUGAGUGGUUCCCUGGAGCCAGACGAUCAUCAGAUGUUAUUUAUACAGCUCCAGACUCAGGAUACGGUUGGAGUGACUCGGACACACCAGAUGUGACAGCUCAGGAUCACAGGCCCGAUAUAUCAGACUUUGAGCGCUGGUAUUAUAACUUUGGAUCAUACCUGUCCCGAUCCACUGACUUGGAGGGCAACCGCCAUGCGCCGCUGGAUACAACCCACACAAGAGUGGAGACAGUGGAUGCCUGGAGACCAGAUGCAAACCCUUACGAAUCAGGCUUUAACGUAAGAGAGCAGGCACCUGCUGCAACAAGAGCACCUGAACCUGUGCCACGGGGAGACUCAGACUGCAAGGUGGACUUGGUCUUCCUGAUGGACGGCAGCUGGAGCAUCGGGAAGCGGCGUUUUAAGAUCCAGAAGGACUUCCUGGCCGAGGUGGCUCAGGUCAUCAACGUUGGCGUGGCUGGACCCAUGAUGGGCGUCAUCCAAUACGGCGACGACCCCGUGACAGAGAUCAGCCUGAAGAGCUACUCUACCUCCAGGGACGUGAAGACGAGCGUCGCUAAGAUUGUGCAGAAGGGAGGCCUCUCCAAUGUGGGGAAGGCCCUGUCCUACAUCAACACCUUCUACUUCAGUGACGCUAACGGGAACCGAGGAGGCGCUCCCAACGUGGCCGUGGUGCUGGUGGACGGCUGGCCCACGGACAAGGUGGAAGAGGCGUCCCGGAUGGCGAGGGAGUCCGGCAUCAACAUCUUCUUUGUCACCAUUGAGGGUCCCGACGACAACGAGAAGCAAAACUUGGUGGAGGCCAAUUUUGUAGACAAGGCCGUGUGUCGCACCAACGGCUUCUUCUCCAUGCCCGUGUCCAGCUGGUUCGCUCUGAGGAAAGCCGUGCAGCCUCUGGUGAAGCGCGUGUGCGACACCGACCGACUGGUGUGCAGCAAAACCUGCCUCAACGCCAACGACAUCGCCUUCGUCAUCGACGGCUCCAGCAGCGUGGGCACGGGAAACUUCCGCACCGUGCUGCAGUUCGUGGCCAACAUCACGCGGGAGUUCGAGAUCUCGGACACGGACACGCGAGUGGGCGCCGUGCAGUACACCUAUGAGCAGAGGCUGGAGUUCGCCUUCGGUCAGCACAACAACAAGGCCGAGCUGCUGGACGCCAUCAAACGCAUCGACUACUGGAGCGGCGGCACCAGCACGGGGGCCGCCAUCACGUACGCCGCCCAGCAACUCUUCAGCAAGUCCAAACCCAACAAACGCAAGAUUAUGAUCGUUAUCACGGACGGACGCUCCUACGAUGACGUCAGAGCACCUGCACUGGCUGUCCAAAGUCAAGGCGUGAUUGCCUACUCCGUCGGCAUCGCCUGGGCGGCCCAGGAUGAGUUGGAGUACAUCGCCACCGACCCCGACAAGGAGCACUCCUUCUUUGUGGACGAGUUUGACAACCUCUACAAAUUUGUGUCCAAGAUCACCCAAAACAUCUGCCGCGAGUUCAACUCCCAGCCCAGAAACUGAGCGGCAGGUGGUAUUACGGAACACUGACUGGAAGUCUACUCUUUCUGUCGGCACACGUGCCACAGAGGCCGCCGCCCCGCUUGUGUUUGUACAAGGAGGGAUGUUCAUUUACGUGAUGAUUCCCACAGAAAUGAUCUUAAAGAAUCAGUGUUUGCUCCUAAAAAAAUCUAGCAGCGGUGCUGAUGAGAAAGAGACUGGACCUCAGUAAUGUUUAUGUGCUUGUAGUUCUCUUUUGAGUAUCCUCUUUUUUUUCUAGAUUUGUUUUAUUGUAUUUUUAUUUGUAUAUUUUUUUAAUUGUAUUGUAUUUUUUUUUACUUUAUUUGUAUUAAUCCUAAUCCUUUUAACGCAUGACAUUUUAUACCACUCUCUACCCAGCCUUUUAUGAACAGUCCGAAUGGUUUCUUCCAAAUCAAAACAAUAAUUCAGGUUGCCAGAUCCUCCGAGCUUCAUCCUAUUAUGGCAAUAACAUAAUUAUAACAUGAUUGCGCUAUUUAUCCACUAUAAAAAGAAGUCGAUUUUUAAACGUUUAAAUGGACUUUGCUCAGACUUAAAGGAAUAUUAAAGGAAAAUCUUUUUUGGGCAAGCUCUAGCUGAAAAUAAAAUGAUGAAUAAGCUUGUCGUCAUGACGGCAACAAGCAGCGUCGAGCACACAACAGUAGUCUGACUGCACACAUAACAGGCAAGUAAACACACAACACUACCGUUAAAUGUUUGCACUAAACAAACCACUAAGGAUUAAUGACAAACACGCACAAAAAAAAAAAAUCAAACCGCUUAUAACAAAAUGCCCCAAGACAUUCUGGGUACUCAAGUGGCAAUUCUUGAUCUGCCAGAGCACAAGAAGACGUAGCAGGAGGAAUCACUGUUGCAAACUUAGCGUGCAUUCUGUCACCCUAGUUGACACCCAGCAAUGUUAAUAUUUGGUUACAUGUCCCUUGGCAAGUUUCACUGCAAUAAGGCACUUUUGGUAGCCAUCCACAAGCUUCUGGUUGAAUUUUUGACCACUCCUCUUGACAAAAUUGGUGCAGUUCACCUAAAUUUGUUGGUUUUCUGACAUGGACUUGUUUCUUCAGCAUUGUCCACACGUUUAAGUCAGGACUUUGGGAAGGCCAGUCUAGCCUGAUUUAGCCAUACCUUUACCUCUUUUAACACCCAACUGCGCCCAACACCCAACCUCCGGGCUGAUGAUUUUAGGUUGUCCUGAAGAAUUUGGAGGUAAUCCUCCUUUUUCAUUGUCCCAUUUACUCUCUGUAAAGUACCAGUUCCAUUGGCAGCAAAACAGGCCCAGAGCAUAAUACUACCACCACCAUGCUUGACGGUAGGAGUGGUGUUCCUGGGAUUAAAGGCUUUACCUUUUCUCCUCCAAAAAUAUUGCUGGGUAUUGUAGCCAAACAGCUCAAUUUUUGUUUCAUCUGACCACAGAACUCUCCUCCAGAAGGUCUUAUCUUGAAGGUCUUAUCUUUCUCCAUGUGAUGUCAAGUCCAUGUCAGAAAACCAACAAAUUUAGCUGAACUGCACCAAUUUUGUCAAGAGGAGUGGUCAAAAAUUCAACCAGAAGCUUGCCAGAAGCUUGUGGAUGGAUACCAAAAGCGCCUUAUUGCAGUGAAACUUGCCAAGGGACAUGUAACCAAAUAUUGCUGUAUGUAUACUUUUGACCCAGCAGAUUUGGUCACAUUUUCAGUAGACCCAUAAUAAAUUCAUAAAAGAACCAAACUUCAUGAAUGUUUUUUGUGACCAACAAGUAUGUGCUCCAAUCACUCUAUCACAAAAAAAAUAAGAGUUGUAGAAAUUAUAUUGGAAACUCAAGACAGCCAUGACAUUAUGUUCUUUACAAGUGUAUGUAAACUUUUGACCAUGACUGUGUGUAUAUAUAUAUAUAUAUAUAUAUAUAUAUAUAUA